AUGGCCGCCUACGUCUGGGACGCUGAUGCCACCUUCCGAGUCACUGACAUCGUCCGGCACGGCGUUAUCUGCCUGGGUCGAGCAGUGACGAAAUGUAACGGGCGAUGCUCUUGGGAAAUCGACCACAAAUAUGGCUCUAACGCGGCGGUAGCUCGUGAUCUGCUCCGUGUCAUGAGUGCGAGUCCUCCUGACGCUGUUACCGACAUCCAACUCCGUCAGCUCGCCAGCCACUGCCUGUGCAACUUUCACCAGGGACAGGUCAGACAAGUCGUACCAGAACUCAAACGUUACCUUGCCGUGGCCGUCCAAGCAUACAAACAAUACUGCGACGCGAACCGACAACACGAAGCGCUCCUGGGCCGGUUGUCAGCGACCCUUGGUCUUGAUGACGGCGAGCAGAGCGAUGAGACUGUGGUCCGUCGAGUCAAAUACCUGGCCGAGAUGGCGGGUUAG